AUGGGACUCAUCAGCGAUAACUUCACCAUUCUCUAUCUCGGCCUCGCCGCCGGGAUAUACUUCAAGCCGGAGUAUGCUAUUUUCAAUUCCAGAAUUGUGACGGCUGUUGUUCUUUUCGGGAUCAUCGCUGUGUCGAGGACGAUAUAUCAGCUAGUGUUGUAUCCCAACUACUUCACUCCAUUGAAACACAUUGACUCGCCGGCAGAUCGAAGCUGGCUCACCGGCAAUUCUCCGAAUUUCUUGCUUGAGACCCCCUAUCCACAGCUACGGGAGCGGGUCAAGGAGAGACCCAAUCAAGACCUACUUCGGUACUAUAUUGUCGGAAACCUCGAAAGAGUGAUUUUGACAAGUCCGAAGGCAUUGGGUGAGCUGCUUGUCACAAAAGUUUACGACUUUCAGAAACCCGAAUUGGUUCGGCAGAGUUUGCGGCGCAUUACAGGUGAUGGAGUCCUACUUGCCGAAGGUGAAGAGCACAAGAUUCAACGCAAGAAUCUCAUGCCAGCCUUUGCCUACCGCCACAUCAAGAACCUCUAUCCAGUCUUUUGGGGAAAAAGCGCAGAAAUGGUCAAGAUGAUCGAGGAAGACCUACAGAGCAGAAAGGCCAACGGAAAUAACGAUAACACAGUCCAAAUCAGUAACUGGGCCAGUCGAGCAACCCUGGACAUUAUCGGCGUCGCCGGUAUGGACCACGAUUUUGACUCUCUCCGAGACCCCGACAACACCCUCAAUCAAUCCUACCGCAAAAUCAUGUCCUCACCACCCCUCAUUAUGAAGAUUCUUUUUGUUAUAGGUAUGCUAUUCGGUAAUCCAGCAUGGGUCCACGCAUUACCGACGAAACGCAACAAAGAUAUCAAGGAGAGCGGCGAGGUCAUUCGCAAUGUCGCACGACAAAUGAUCCGACAGAAGAAGGCAAAAAUGGAAGACCCCAAAGCCGAAACCGGCAUUGACAUUAUCUCCGUUGCACUAAGCAGCGGCACCUUCGACGAAGAGAACCUCGUCGACCAAUCCAUGACCUUCCUAGGCGCAGGCCACGAGACAACCGCCACGGCACUACAAUGGGCCGUUUACGCACUCUGCAAGAACCCCAGCGUCCAGACACGUCUGCGAGAUGAAAUCCGCACCAAUCUCCCCUCUCUCGACGACCCGACUGCAAUCUCUGCAGCUGCUGUCGAUAACCUGCCCUACCUGAACGCAGUGUGCAAUGAGGUCCUCCGCUUCCACCCCUCUGUGCCUAUGACUAUACGCAAGGCGGUUCGUGACACGACUCUUGCUGGCGCGCAUAUUCCCAAGGACACGACAUUGAUCCUCGCUCCGCAAAUCUUGAACCGGAUGGAAGAGCUGUGGGGGCCAGACGCGGACGAGUUCAACCCGGACCGCUUCAUGGGUCCUGGUAAGGCCAAUACCGGCGGUGCGGUCAGCAACUAUGCAUUUUUAACUUUCUUGCACGGUCCGCGUAGCUGUAUCGGGCAGGGCUUUGCAAAAUCGGAGCUUGCCUGCUUGAUUGCUGCUACCGUCGGUCGAUUUCACAUGGAGUUGAAGUUUCCGGAUGCCAAGUUGGAGAUCCGGGAGGGAGCUACCGUUUCACCUAAAGAUGGAGUACUGGCCUUGCUUACACCAUUGGAGGGGUGGUAG